AUGGGACGUUACUCUGGAGAGAAACCCUGCAAUACGGGAGUACACUUUACAAAGGGACCUUACUCUGUAGAGAAACCCAGCAAUACGGGAGCUCACUUUACAAAGGGACGUUACUCUGUAGAGAAACCCAGCAAUACGGGAGCUCACUUUACAAAGGGACCUUACUCCGGAGAGAAACCCAACAAUACGGGAGCUCACUUUACAAAGGGACGUUACUCUGGAGAGAAACCCAGCAAUACGGGAGUACACUUUACAAAGGGACGUUACUCUGGGGAGAAACCCAGCAAUACAGGAGUUCACUUUACAAAGGGACGUUACUCUGGGGAGAAACCCAGCAAUACGGAAGCUCACUUUACAAAGGGACGUUACUCUGGAGAGAAACCCAGCAAUACGGGAGCUCAUUUUACUAAGGGACGUUACUCUGGAGAGAAACCCAGCAAUACGGGAGCUCACUUUACAAAGGGACGUUACUCUGAAGAGAAACCCAGCAAUACGGGAGCUCACGUUACAAAGGGACGUUACUCUGUAGAGAAACCCAGCAAUACGGGAGCUCACUUUACAAAGGGACGUUACUCUGGAGAGAAACCCAGCAAUACGGGAGCUCACUUUACAAAGGGACCUUACUCUGUAGAGAAACCCAGCAAUACGGGAGCUCACUUUACAAAGGGAGGUUACUCUGUAGAGAAACCCAGCAAUGCGGGAGCUCACUUUACAAAGGGACGUUACUAUGGGGAGUAA